AUGCCCCACGUCCUGGUUGUCGGUGCAGGGGCCGUCGGCGCGUUUUACGCGAGCAAGCUCGAUCCGAAUGCAGCACACGUCGCACUUGUCUGCCGCUCGAACUACGACGUGGUGAAGCAGCACGGCUUCCAGAUGAAGACGCACAGCUUUGGUGACUAUGCGUACAAGCCGCACGAGGUGUACCCCUCGGUGGACGCGGCGGCGGCGCAGGAGUGGGACUAUGUCGUGGUUGCGACCAAGGCACUCAACAUGUCGCCGGACACGGCGUCGUUUAUCGCGCCGGUCGUGACGAGCAAGACGACCAUUGUUCUGGUCCAGAACGGCGUCGAGGUCGAGGCGCCGUACCGCGCGCGCUUCCCGGACGCGCCGAUCGUCUCGGCGGUGACGGUGGUGAGCGCGGCGCUGGUCGAGCCGUCGGUCCUCGUGCAGUACCGCUGGACGCGCAUCUCCCUGGGGCCGUACACGGACCUCUAUGGGACGCAGACCACCGAUACACAGCGCGCACUGAUCGAGCGGGGCACCGCCGGCGUCGAGGAGCUCGUGCAGCUCUUUACGGCCGGCGGCAUCCGCGACGCGGAAGCCUACGAUGCGCUCGGCCUGCAGCAGGUGCGCUGGCACAAGCUCGCGAUCAACGCCUCGAUGAACGUCUCCGGCGUGCUCUCAGGGUGCCUAGGCAAUGACGUCAUGGUCAAGGACCCGAUCCUGCGGCCGCACCUCGAGGCGUGCAUGCACGAGGUGCUCGACGCGGCGCCCAAGAUCUUUGGCAAGCCUCUCCCGGAAAAGUUUGCUUCGCCAGAGCUUUUGCUGAAGAGCACCGAGCGGAACGUGAACAGCAAGUCGAGCAUGGUGCAGGACUGGCAGGGCCACCGCGCGCUCGAGCUCGACGCGAUCCUCGGCAACGCGCUCCAGGUGGCUGCCAAGCACAAUGCACCGAUGCCGCGCCUCGAGUCGAUGUUUGCACUGCUGCAGAGCGCGCAAAAGGUGCAUUUGGACAAGUCUACCUAG